CAUGAGGAAGUGCGACCGGGAACCGCCUAUAUACUUCCGCUUCAGGCCGGUUCUCUUUCUUUCCGAGCCGAUAGCGCUCCGGCAACAUGGUGAACGUUCCGAAAACCCGCCGGACCUUCUGUAAGAAGUGUGGCAAGCACCAGCCCCACAAGGUGACACAGUACAAGAAGGGCAAAGACUCUCUGUAUGCCCAGGGAAAGCGGCGUUAUGAUAGGAAGCAGAGUGGCUAUGGGGGACAGACCAAGCCGAUUUUCCGGAAAAAGGCUAAAACUACAAAGAAGAUUGUGCUGAGGCUUGAGUGUGUGGAGCCCAACUGCAGAUCCAAGAGAAUGUUGGCUAUUAAGAGAUGUAAACACUUUGAAUUGGGAGGAGAUAAGAAGAGAAAGGGGCAAGUGAUCCAGUUCUAAUCUUCAUCUUCUGUUUUGUUACGAAGACAAUAAAAUCUAAAGGUUACCACUGUUCAUUUGGUCUUUUGGAAGGGAAUGAACCAGAGCCAUCAAUAAAACUCCUCUUGGAAAUUUUUAA